AUUUAGAAAGAGGGAAAAAGAAGAAGAAGAGAAAACGGACAACCAAUGGAAUUGCCACUUAUUACACAGCCUGUCAGCUAACUAACGUUAGUACAGUUACUACCUAAAUCGGUAAUAUUUUAAUUAACGUUACGUGUAUGUGUCGUUUGAGCAGUGGACAAUGUCUUCCCGGGCUCUGCGGAGGCUCAAAGGGAAACAGCGGGGUCAGGAGGCCUUGGACCUCGGGGAUCUAACUUUGGGUGACAGCUCGGAGGAGCAGCUGGACUCGGCUAAUGUUUCUCCUCCGCCUGAUGGCAAAGACCGCGGCCGAAAGGCGAAGAAAAAUAAGGCUCAGAAAAACUUCAGCAACAUCUAUGAACUGAUAGGUGAUGUAGACAACGAAGCAGAGAAAAUCUCACCCGAUGAAGAUGCAGAAAAGCCAGCUGGAAAUGAAACAAAUGGCACGGGAAAAAACAAUAACAGCGAAACUGAGGAACCAACUAAAAACAAAGAGGAAAUUUCUACAAAGUCUUUGUCUGGAGACAGAGUUAAAAAGAAGAAGAAAAGGAAAAAGACAAAACUGACAUCAGAAGAUGCACAGGAGGCGGUACCAGAAGAUAAUAUAGAUUUAUUGCUGCAAAAUCUGGAGCAGUCUAAUGGUCUGAGUUUGCAAAAUGAGGAUUGCAGUGUCUCCGAGAGAAGAACCGUGUUACACGUGGAGCACAGGAACCUCAACCCAGACACGGAGCUGAAGAGAUAUUUUGGGGCUCGAGCUAUUCAGGGGGAACAAAGACCACGACAGAGAAACCGACAGUUUCACCGUAGCACCUGGAUGACAAUUCCAAAGGACAGCUGGCCUCGUUUCAGCCGUCCAGGAAUCUCAAUGACGCUUCUGCAGUCAAAGGAAGGCACACAGUACUUCACCUUUGAACAUGGUCGGCAGUACCAACAAGUGCAGUUCAAGUUCCUGGAUGCUGUUGAGUCUAUGGAUCCCAACAACAUUGUGGCAUUGCUUCAGCUUAACCCCUACCAUAUUGAUUCCUUGCUGCAGCUGUCUGAUGUCUGUCGCAUACAGGAGGAUCAGGAGAUGGCCAGGGACCUCAUCGAGAGGGCAAUGUACAGCUUCGAGUGUGCCUUUCACCCCCUGUUCAGUCUAACCUCAGGUACCAGCAGACUCGAUUAUCUGCGUACAGAGAACAGGGCGUUUUAUCUGGCUCUCUAUAAGCACAUGAUGUUCCUGGAAAAGAGAGGCUGCCCUCGGACGGCUUUGGAGUACUGCAAACUUAUUCUGAGUUUGGACCCAGAUGCUGACCCACUUUGCAUGCUCCUGCUCAUAGAUUUUCUUACACUGCGCUCGAGAGAAUACCAGUAUCUCCUCCAGUUACAUCAGGACUUGGAGGUGCACAGAAAUCUGGGCCUGCUGCCAAACUUUGCAUUCUCCACUGCACUUUGUCAUUUCCAUCUUAGUCAACAAGAUGAUGCUGAUCCUGAAGAACGAGAGAAAGAAAGAGAAACAGCUGACCAGAUGCUGCAGACAGCUCUCAUCAUGUUCCCCGGAGUCUUGAUUCCUCUACUGGAUCUGUGUACUGUGCAGCCCGAUGCCACAGUCAGCUCACAUGCCUUCUUUGGCCCAAAGAGCCGGAUUGGGCAGCCGCCAGCCCUGGCUGAACUGACUGCUCUGUAUGUGGGGAGAACUCACAGCAUGUGGAGGGAGGCAGCGGUAAUGCUUUGGUUGGAACAGUCUGUGAAAGAGGUGCUGCGUCGGGUUGAUGCUAAAGACCCUCUGGUAGAUGACUGCCAAAACAAACAGCAGAGGUACAAGUGUGCACCGAGGAACAUCCAUCGCCACGUCCUCCUCUCUGAGAUCAAAGAGGCCACCUCGAGUCUGCCUCUUGAGGUGACUAGUCAGCCUGUGAUGGGAUUCGACCCUCUGCCUCCACUGGACUCUGUGACAUCAUACACCCGACCAGAGAGGCAGCACGUUGGUGCAACCAAUGAAAGUACAUUGUCGCUGUUUUUCCGGUCUUUGCUGCCAAACUUCAACCUUCAGGGGGGGCUGAGGCAGGAGGAUGACAUGGAAGUUGCCCGAGCUGGACAGGAGCUGAACCAGGAAGUGAAUCGUCUAAUGGUGGCAAUGAGAGACAUGCUGGCAAACAUCAGGUUUCAAGAGCCCCCCAGAGAGGACAACCCCUACAGAGAUGAGGAUGAGUGGGACUGAGGCAGGUGGAGACAGGAGGAAGAAAUAGGGACAUUAAGAAAUUUAAAACUAUUUGAUGGUGUUUUAAGGGUUUACAAUAAUUAAGAAGAGAUGAACAACUGUAUUUUUUUUUUAACUGGCACAGUUAUCACAAACCAUAAGGAUGGAAGAAAGAGCUGACUUAAACAAUAUUUAAACAGACUAUUGGCAACAUUGGGAACUUUUCAAUAGUCAGAAAACAGAUUUUUUUAACUCAUCGCGACUCAAGUUGACUGUUUUAUUUCUUCUUUGUCAGUGAGCCACACUCUCAGUUCUCCCUCUCGCUUUAGACUAUGAGGCAAUUUUUCAUGUUUACUAACAGUGGACCGGCUUAUAAAUUAAGAUCCACAUUUCUUUGAGUGACAGUUCUGUAUCAAACAUUUAGCAAUUGAGCAUGGCAGCACUAUAAUUUUGUAUUUCAUUGCCACAGGGUUUCCAAACAGCAGUGCUUUCCUACCAAAUAGAUGAAAAGUUUCAAAAUAUGACAAGGCACUCUAAAAGGAUGUUAGUUCCAGCAUGUUAAGGUUACUAAAAAGUUCCUCAAAUCAUUAUUUUAGAAAAGUCCAAAGUUAUUUCUGGAUAAAAAUUACUUUCACUACUUUCAGGCUUUAUGAUUUAUUAAAAACUCAUCCAUAAACAUUUUUAUUUUCUAAAUCAAACCAUCCCAAUAUUGCAAUUCUGUUAUCUAAUGAAGAAAUUGUUACUUAAAUGGUUACAAAGUCCUUUCAUUGGACAACAUCUGUCUGAGGACUUAAUGAAAUCUUCUAGGACUCAUUCUUGUGUAAAUCGUAUUGUUGCUGCAGGAUGGCAGCGGUUCCUCUCCUUUGCUCCCUCACGUCUCCCCUGUUUGGAAAUCUAUUCCACAUUUCUGUUUGAGUCGGCACAUUUUUGAUUAUUUUGAUGGCUUACCCCAACCAAUAAAACAGUAGAGAAAU